AUGACCGCGAAUAACGACGUCAUCGUAUCACCUUGCGAGACAGAACGAGACUUUAGGCAAGCGCAGCAUUGUCUUUCCGAAGCCUUUGGCCACCAAGCCAAAGAUGCCUUAUGGCAACUGAUGACACCCGGCUGGGACACGGAGGAAGGUCAGGCGAAGCAAGCUCAGAUCAUGAUGAAGAGAUGGCAGUCCAUCACCACCAACAAAGACGGACAACCCAAUGCCCUCUAUCUCAAGGCUACCGUGCCUGAUCCGGAUAAGCAAGGCGAAAGACGGGUUGCUGGAAUAGCCAUUUGGAAGCAGCUGUCGUUCGUGGAAGGCUAUGGCGACCCGUUCUACGGCGACAUGAAGGAAGCGCUCACAGAUUACGAUGACCAGAAACGACGGUUUGCAACACAAAUGUUCAACUCACUAUGGAAACGGCGUAUCGCAUACAUGCGAGAGGUCGAGAAAUCAGGCCGCACACCACCCGCUAUCUUCACAUUGGACUGUUGUGCUGUUGAUCCAGCAUACCAGCGUCGCGGCAUUGCUGCCAAGCUGGUGGAGGUCGGUCUUGAGGAAGCAAAGAAGAGGGGCAACUUGGAGUGCACAACAGAGGGAAGCACUAUGGGAAGACCCGUUUACAGGAGAUUGGGGUUCAAGGAUGAGGGUACAGGAGACAUUCCGUGGGAUGUGGACGCAGAGUUCGAGGCUUGGGACAAGCCACCAAACGUCUUCUUGAGGACAUGGGCUUGA